CAACUGACAAAUCCUUUCACCUAAUUGGGGGAUUUCCUACAAUUACUUUUUACUAAAGCCAAUCACGUUCAAGGGUUAAUUGCAGACUUCCAGUUCAAUUACAACUCCCUGCAAGCCUUUGGCUUUUCUGAAGAAAGCGUUCAUUUCCUGUGCGAUGACCCAAAGAUCUAAUAUAGAUUUAGUUGCGGUUGGUCUGCUGGAGGGACGUCUCUUCCUGCUUCUAUUUUGGACAAGUGAUUUCUGCGGAACUUUCAUAUCAAACUUCUUCAUUUACUCCCCAGUCCUGCAGCUCAGUAAUCGCCUCUCACUCUCUCCAUAUUGUUACUCUGUUACUUCACUCGGCUUUGCCCUGACGCUUCCAGAUCCAGACCCCGAGUAGCAAGUCACACGUCUCACUUCUGGGGAAGAUUCUGAGUUAGUGAGUUCUGCCAAAAAACAGAAAUCAGCAACUGGACGUCACAAUGGAACUGCCGCCAUGGGCCCCGACUGCUGUGCCCCCAAUUCUGUCCUUGUACCUGUGGCUCUGCUUCUCGGGGGUCAUGGCUGGCAGCCCCUUAGAGACCUUUAACAUCACCACCACUGAAGGAAUUGAGGUGACUCUGAGAUGUGACCUUCCCUCUGCUGAGGCUAAGAUUGUCCAAGUGACCUGGGACAGGUGUAACGGAGAAGACAUCGCCUAUCACGUCAUCGAUAAAGGUCACGUGGUUGAAAAAUUCGCACAAAGGGUGACCUUGGAGGAAGAAUAUGGGAUAAAAAUACUGAAUGCCCAUAGGAAUGACAGUGGGUCGUACUGUUGCAUUUUUUCUACUUUUCCUAAUGGCAAGAUGGUCGGGAAGAUUUUCCUCCUGGUCAGAGAGCCCUUUGAAUGGACAGUCUUCCAUUAUAUCUUGACUGUGCUGAUUCCGGGAAUCCUCCUACUUAUCUUUGGAGGGGCACUGAUAGUCUUCUGCCGCAAGAAAAAGUCACACCAGUCCCAGAACAUAAGAAACCAGCAAGUAUCUCCACCAGCCAGACAGAUGGCCCUAAAUCGGGUUCCCAUCACACGCUCUGCCGAGGAACAACAGAACAACAUGGAAGCAGACUAUUUUAACGUUCUGCUCUACAACAAUCCCACCUAUUAAAUAAAAAGGAUCAGCACAGAAACUCUACGUCUUAUUCAUAUCUACUGGACUGGGCUUAUACAGUAAGCAAAACGAAGCACUCCGAGUGCCAUCCCACAGACGAUUUAGAUUCUAUCCGGCGGGAAGGCAGAUCAGAGAGAUUAGUCGCCCGAAGAAGAGGCGAUUUGUCGCCAUGCGACUAAAUCUCCAUGUGUGUCACUGCCAUAAGGGAUUCCCUUUCUCAGACUGAAAUAAGAACAUUCUGAGGUAUGAAAACUCUAUUGAAGUCUAUGGGAAAAAACUGGAACUGAAUAAGAAGAAAAGUUUUUUCUCCUUGAAUUGAAUCUCGACCAUGAGUUUUCACGUGAUAAACCGUGAGACAAACUUUCUGAUCAAGGUCCAGCAUUCUAGUCAGUCUUACAAAAUUAUAAUUCCAUGCAGAACAGAUCCUACUGUUGCUUUAUUAUUGGAACUUUUCUGAUUUUCAUUAUUUCUGAUUUUACAAAAUAGUUUUUAUUUCAUAGUUAUUUAAAAAAUUACCACUUCUGAAAGACAAAAAAGAUGUUAUACUAAUUAACAGUAACGUUAAAGAUAUUAUAAGUCAUAUAAAAAUUUACUACCUGAAUGAAAUCUCUGAAGAUCUGUAUUUUAAACAUAGUCAAGUAAUAAAGAACAACUGAACAUCUAUUGGAAAUUGAAUUAUAUUCAAAUGAUUUCAAUACUAAAAACUUAAAGAUACAAGAACUAGGGGCAGAUUUAUCUAUUUUAUUUAUUGAAUUUCGAGCUAAUUUUAGUGUAC